UUCAUCAUGCUCAGGGUCCGGCCCCGAGCGCCGCUUCCGCCGCCCCGCCUGCCGUACCGCCCGGGGCCGCCGGCUCAUGCCCUGUCCGCGCCCGGCGCUGCUUAGAGCCGCCUGCGCCGCUCUGCUGCUCUCGCUGCCUCCACGGCUCCCGGCCCGGCCUCCGCUCCCGCCCCGCCGGCCGCUCCGCACGCGCACCCCCGCCGCGACCUUAUUCCCCGCGGCCGCCUCCGGGAGCAGCAUGGACGGCGCCGGGGCUGAGGAGGUGCUGGCACCUCUCAGACUAGCAGUGCGCCAGCAGGGAGAUCUGGUGCGAAAACUGAAGGAAGAUAAAGCUCCCCAAGCAGAUGUAGACAAAGCAGUAGCUGAGCUCAAAGCCCGGAAGAGGGCUCUCGAAGCAAAGGAGCUGGCGUUGCAGCCCAAAGACGACAUCGUAGACAGAGCGAAAAUGGAAGACACCCUGAAGAGGCGGUUCUUCUACGAUCAAGCUUUUGCUAUUUACGGAGGGGUCAGUGGUCUGUACGACUUCGGCCCGGUCGGAUGUGCUCUGAAGAACAACAUUAUUCAGACCUGGAGGCAGCACUUCAUCCAGGAGGAGCAGAUCCUGGAGAUCGACUGCACCAUGCUCACUCCCGAGCCAGUGUUAAAGACCUCUGGCCACGUAGACAAAUUUGCUGACUUCAUGGUGAAAGACGUGAAAAAUGGAGAGUGUUUUCGCGCUGACCAUCUAUUAAAAGCUCAUUUACAGAAACUGAUGUCUGACAAGAGGUGUUCUGCCGAGAAGAAAUCAGAGAUGGAGAGUGUCUUGGCUCAGCUCGAUAACUAUGGACAGCAAGAACUUGGGGAUCUUUUUGUGAAUUACAAUGUUAAGUCCCCCAUUACUGGGAACGACCUCUCCCCUCCCGUGUCUUUUAACUUGAUGUUCAAGACCUUCAUUGGGCCUGGAGGAAACAUGCCUGGGUACUUGAGACCGGAAACUGCACAGGGGAUUUUCCUCAAUUUCAAGCGACUUUUGGAGUUCAACCAAGGAAAGUUGCCGUUCGCUGCAGCGCAGAUCGGAAAUUCCUUCAGAAACGAGAUCUCCCCGCGGUCCGGGCUGAUCCGAGUCAGAGAAUUCACAAUGGCAGAAAUCGAGCACUUCGUAGACCCCAGCGAGAAGGAGCACCCCAAGUUCCAGACCGUGGCGGACCUGCACCUUUGUUUGUAUUCCGCCAAAGCUCAGGUCAGCGGGCAGUCUGCUCGGAAAAUGCGCCUAGGGGACGCUGUUGAACAGGGUGUGAUUAACAACUCCGUGUUGGGCUAUUUCCUUGGACGCAUCUACCUCUACCUCACAAAGGUUGGAGUGUCGCCAGACAAGCUCCGCUUCCGGCAGCACAUGGAGAAUGAGAUGGCCCAUUACGCCUGUGACUGCUGGGAUGCCGAGUCCAAGACGUCCUACGGCUGGAUUGAGAUCGUCGGAUGUGCCGACCGGUCCUGUUACGACCUUUCCUGUCACGCGCGAGCCACCAAAGUCCCACUGGUAGCUGAGAAGCCGCUGAAAGAGCCCAGAACCGUCAACGUUGUUCAGUUUGAGCCCAACAAGGGCGCAGUUGGCAAGGCGUAUAAGAAGGACGCGAAGUUGGUGAUGGAGCACCUUGCUGUGUGUGAUGAGUGGUACAUUACGGAAAUGGAGAAGCUGCUGAAUGAAAAGGGGGAGUUCACUGUUGAAACUGAAGGGAAAACAUUUCAGUUGACGAAAGACAUGGUCAGUGUGAAGAGAUUCCAGAAAACACUAUAUGUGGAAGAGGUCGUCCCGAAUGUCAUCGAGCCCUCCUUCGGCCUGGGCAGGAUCAUGUACACGGUGUUUGAACACACGUUUCACGUGCGCGAGGGGGAUGAGCAGAGAACGUUCUUCAGCUUCCCGGCCGUGGUGGCUCCGUUCAAAUGUUCCGUCCUUCCCCUGAGCCAAAACCAGGAGUUCAUGCCAUUCGUCAGGGAAUUAUCGGAAGCCCUGACCAGGAACGGUGUCUCCCACAAAGUGGAUGAUUCCUCUGGGUCCAUCGGAAGACGAUACGCCAGGACCGAUGAGAUUGGCGUGGCUUUCGGCAUCACCAUCGACUUCGACACCGUGAACAAGACCCCGCACACAGCGACUCUGCGGGACCGGGACUCCAUGCGGCAGAUUCGAGCAGAGGUUUCUGAACUGCCCAGUGUGGUCCGAGAUCUGGCCAAUGGCAGCAUCACGUGGGCUGAUGUGGAGGCCAGGUACCCUCUCUUUGAAGGGCAGGAAACUGGAAAGAAAGAGACAAUCGAGGAUUGAGGACAUUUUCUGCAACUUUUGACCAUUUGCACUAAAAAAAUAAAACCUUAAACUCAUAUCAUGCCCACUUUACAAAAAAACUGUGUUGUGGUCGCUCCCGGGGACUGCAUCUCACCCUUGGUGGCCGCGGAGCGCACCCCAUUAAAGCGGAGCAGUUCCGAACCA